GAGGGAGCGGAGGGAGAUGUACCACAAAACCUAGCUCGCGCUCCUGCAGCCAUACGCCUCGAAGUUGAGUGAAAUAGAUGCGAGUUCGGGAUUCCCCGCAAGUUUCGAGGCUCCCUGUGUGUCUUCCUUCUGACAGGCGGAUGUAAACAUUCCCAGCUGGAUGGAAGCAGCUGCAGCAGUUUGGGAGUGAGGAGGCGCCGGUCCCAGUAAUGUACCAUGGGGUACGACGUGACCAGGUUCCAGGGGGAGGUGGACGAAGACCUACUGUGUCCAAUAUGUAGUGGCGUUCUGGAAGAACCGGUGCAGGCGCCGCACUGUGAGCACGCCUUCUGCAAUGCCUGCAUCACACAGUGGUUUGCACAGCAGCAGAUCUGCCCGGUGGACCGGUCCGUGGUGACCCUGGCCCACCUGCGGCCGGUGCCCCGCAUCAUGCGGAACAUGCUGUCCAAGCUGCAGAUCAACUGUGACAACGCUGGCUUCGGCUGCACGGCCACUCUGAGACUGGACCAGCUGCAGUCGCACCUCAAGGACUGUGAACACAACCCCAAACGGCCUGUCCAGUGUGAGGACGGCUGCGGACUGGAGAUGCCGAAGGAUGAGCUCCCGAACCACAACUGUAUCAAACACCUGCGAGGCGUGGUCCAGCAGCAGCAGACGAAGAUCAGUGACCUGGAGAAGACGGUGGCUGAACACAAGCACCAGCUGGGAGAGCAGAAACGGGACAUCCAGCUGCUGAAGGCCUACAUGAGAGCCAUCCGGAGUGCAAACCCCAACCUGCAGAACCUGGAAGAGAGUAUAGAGUACAACGAGAUUCUUGAGUGGGUGAACUCCAUGCAGCCCGCACGGGUCACACGCUGGGGCGGCAUGAUCUCCACACCGGACGCCGUGCUCCAGGCCGUCAUCAAGCGCUCGUUGAUUGACAGCGGCUGCCCUCUGUCGAUCGUCAACGACCUGAUCGAGAACGCCCACGAGAGGAACUGGCCGCAGGGACUGGCCACGCUGGAGACUCGACAGAUGAACCGCCGCUACUACGAGAACUACGUGGCCAAACGCAUCCCCGGCAAGCAGGCGGUGGUGGUGAUGGCCUGCGAGAACCAGCACAUGGGCGAGGACAUGAUCCUGGAGCCGGGCCUGGUCAUGAUCUUUGCCCACGGCGUGGAGGAGAUUCUAUAACC